GAUGCAUCCCGUUAAAAAUAUUGAUCUCUUUCUUCAUGGAGCCUUUCUUGAUGAACGAUACUCAUCAAAUAUUAUUAGGAUCUUUGGCGUCCAAAGAACAGAGAGCUUAUACUUGGGGGUGAAAUAUUAUUGUGUUAUUGAUACCAGUCGUGGCCAAAUGAAAAUAAGGGGUAAAAAGUAUCUUGUAGACGAAUGGCCCGAACAUGGGAAAGCGAAAGCUGUUCAGAUAGAGUGCAAUGUUACCGAAGCAGUCGAUACAAUGAGAUUAGAAAUGAUAACAAGAAGUAAAAAGAUAUAUGAAGUUUUUUUACCGGUUGAGAGAGCAAGCGAACCGAAUCCUUCAGUGGGACAACAAGACUUAGCUGUCUGCGUUAAGAAUAUGAACGGUGCUUUUCCCAUUGAAAGGACAGUCGAAUGGAUAGAAACGCUCAAAGCUGCCGGUGUACAGCAUUUUUACAUUUAUGAUAGCGGUUUAGACAGUAGCUCAAGAUACGUUUUCGAUUAUUACUCUGAUUUAGUGGAAGUCACAAACUUUCCCUAUUCAUCAGCCUUGUUAAGACUUUCAAAUAUACGUUACAAAAUAGAUUCUGUAGAACGAUAUUCCCUUCUUCAACACAUUUAUCUAAUAUCGUUUAACGAUUGUUUAUACAGGCACUAUAAACAAUACAAAUACCUUAUGAUAAUCGAUUUAGAUGAAAUGAUACUGCCCACUAAAGGUUUAUCAAUUGUUAGAAUUGUUCAGGAUCUGGCCAAGAAUUAUAAAAGGAAUACAGGUUUUACUUUUCUAACUGCAUGGCAUUUUGAAGAUAUGGGCAUGGUACAAGGGAUAACUUCCCAAUUAUAUUUUCAACGAUUCUCUAAAUCCAGCCCUCCAUUAGAUAAUCAGCCAAAGUCGAUUAUCUGUACCAGAAAUGCUGAAUUGAUUCAAUGGCAUGCAGUAUCGAAGCCCGCUAAUCGUAAUUUAAAAAUAUCAUGGCAAGAACAUGGCUAUACUCAUCACUUUAGAGGGAAAUGCUCAAGCAAAUUUAAUAAAAAAACGUGCAACGAAAUGCUCUCAUCAUACAGGAUUGACCCGGCAAUUUCUCGUUAUAAAAUGGUAAUUAAAGAGCGAGUAAAGAGAACUUUGGAACAAUUGCAAUUAAUUCCUAAUGGUGGUAAUUAG